UUGUUAAGAAAAUUUAUGUUAUUAAUGUCAAUGAUUCUAGCACUGUGUUGUUAUUUACGGAGAAAUUUCCCUGACUGAUCAACACGGGAUUCUGUUAUAAAACAAAAGGAAAAAGACGAUGUCCACAGUAAAAAUGUAUAGAGCCGUGUUACGGAAAUCUGUCACAAUGCCAGUUAUUAGUCGUGGUCGUCACAUUUCCUGUGUGACGUCAGACCGGGUCUGGAUAAGUGAUAGUGAUGGCCAUCUUAUCUUGACAAACACAACAGCUAACAAACUAUAUCAUCUGAUAGAUAUAGCUAGUGGUGCUGGAGUUCACACUGUGAACAAUGAUGGUGAUUUAAUUUAUAUAGAUAGUGUGUAUAACAUCAACAAACUUUCUACAGAGAACAAAGUAAAGAUUACAUUAAUAAAGUACAACACGUCACCAUGGAGACCACGGUGUGUCUACAGCUCCCCCUCCACUGGAGACCUGCUGGUCGGGAUGUAUAAUACUGAUACAGAUACAGCAAAAGUAAACCGUUAUAACAAAUCAGGACAUUACAUACAAGCCAUACAGCACAACAACAUCACAGGUCAGGAUCUGUAUAGCAUGCCUAGCUAUAUCACAGAGAAUCGUAAUGGGGAUAUUAUUGUGUCUGACUGGUCUGGACGUGCUGUAGUCGUGACAGAUCGUGGAGGAAGUUAUCGCCUCUCCUAUACAGGACCUCCAACAGGAUCAGGACUAGCACCACUAGGAAUAUGUACAGACGCGCUGUCACACAUCCUGGUGUGUGAUCUUAACACCCAAUCAAUACAGAUAAUUUACUGUGACGGUCACUUCCGGUCACAGAUACAGACACGACCACACGGGAUAGACAUACCGUGGGGCCUGAGUUAUGUUGAAAACACCAACACACUGUGGGUAGGGUCAUAUCGGGGCAACACAGUGAACUUAUACAGAAUGUUGGUACACAACGAUUAUCUGACCAGUCUCCCUCUGGAAGAUUUCAAAUGCAAGAAACAUCCAAGCGAUCCAUUAUCCAAGUACUGUAUCCCGUGUGACGUCACCUUGUGUAAGAUGUGCAUCUGGACGACCUCAAGUGAUCAUAAAAAACAUGACGUUAGAGAUGUUGAGAAAUUGUUCAGAGAAAUUCACAAGAGGAAAGGUUUGUAAUGAUUCUGACAGUUUUAUUUUAAAGAA